AUGGAACACUCCGUUACUCUGCUUCAUUCAGCCCUUGGCGAAGGCGAAGCGAACAAGGUUGGCGGUCACCCCACCCACGUCGACGCCGAGGCCGAGGCCAACAAGCAGCGCAGGAAGGUUCAAAAUAGGAAGAACAAAAGAGCACAGCGACUGUGGAUGCGGGAGCAAGACCCGGGGCCUGUUCUGACGUCUCGCCCGUUCCAAGUCAGGCGCUGGCGCCUCGACGAACUCGAUGGUUAUCCAUCCCGAGACGCCUCGUCAGCGAAAGACGCAACCGCCAAGCACAUCUCCGCUGGGCCACCUCACACUCACGUCAGUACAUCAAUGUCCACACCCGAACGCGCCGGUGUCCGUCGAGGGCCACCGCCCACCGCCCUCGUCCACGCCCAGACGUCCCCCGGGCCCUUCAUCUUCCCCCUCUCAACAGAUCACCUCCUUCAUCUUAUCCAGUAUAAUGUCUUUCGCGCCUUUGUCUCCAACAAGCGCACUCUCAAUACCCUUCUCACAGGCUGGACCGAUGCCCCUCGCCCCCCCACUACCUGUCCCAUCAGUGGCCCUUACCGUGAUGACACAACUAUCUACCCCCUCAACCCCAAUAUCCCUCUCUCCCUCUUUCCGACCCGCCUCCAGCAAGCCCGCCCCCACUCCUUAUGGAUCAACCUCAUUCCCUUCCCCUGCGUCCGUGACAAUCUUAUCAAGCGCGAAGGACGCUUCGACCACUGGGAGCUGCUGCAAGACCUGAUCGGCGAGCUCAUGAGCGUCACGCCGGCUCCAAAGCAACGAGGUACGCCCCUCACCAUCACCGUCGCCGACCCUAAAACCAUGUGGACCCUGCCCCUCGCAGCAAGACGUGACGAAGAUGAGGUCACCGCGGGGCGCCGGGGGCUUAUUGUUUGGGGCGAACCAUACGACAUGCAGAACUGGGAGGCCACUCCCGGCUUUCUUGCGAAAUGGGCGUGGGCUGUGGAGGGUUGCGAUGAGCUAGUCAAGUGUAGUAACCGCUGGAGGCUGAGGAGAGGAGAGGAACCUAUGCGCCUCUCUGAAUCGUAA